GUACAGUGACGUUUUUCGUAAGUCCCGCCUCCAAGUUGAAGCUGCAGAAGAAGCUAACGUAAACUAUAAUGAACAAAGUUGCACUGUUUUUAAGCCUAGAGUUAGCGUCGUGGUAAGUUCUUCUCAAGACAGCGAAAUAUUUUAACAAAUGACAUCUGUAAAAAUAUUGUAUGCUUUGCAAUUGUCGGUGCAUCAGAAAGCCGCGGAAUCAACAAGCUAAAUAUGCUCCGGAGACUCACUGUGCUCCCGCGGGCGACUGCGUUGUUGACUGCGGUACGAAGCCUCUCCUCGGGCUCUGCGAAAAUCACUGCCCCGUUGAACUUCUGGGGUGGAAAAAGAAGGGCGAGCAAAGAAAGAAACAAUGGGGAGAACGUCUUCGAGCCAGCAACAGGGCGCGUCCUGUGCACGUUGGAGCCAUGUGGUUCCUCAGAGGUCAACCAAGCUGUAGAGGCAGCCAAGUCAGCCUUUGGUCCUUGGAGUAAAAUGUCUGGAAUGGAAAGAGCAAGGGUGAUGAUAGAAGCUGCGCACACCAUUGAGAAAAGGCGAGAGGAGAUUGCUGAAAUGGAAGUAGUCAACAACGGGAAGUCCAUCACGGAGGCCCGUCUGGAUGUGGACUCUGGCCGGUUGUGUAUAGAGUACUAUGCGGGACUGUCCAGCACUCUUGCGGGCCAGCAUGUGCAAUUGCCUGGCGGCUCUUUUGCCUACACACGCAGGGAGCCUUUGGGCGUAUGCGUUGGCAUUGGUGCUUGGAAUUACCCUUUCCAGAUUGCUGCCUGGAAAUCAGCCCCAGCGCUGGCCUGUGGCAACAGCAUGGUGUUCAAGCCAUCCCCAGUCACGCCUGUGACGGCGGUGAUGUUGGCGGAGAUAUUUACCCAAGUAGGAGCUCCAGAGGGACUCUUCAAUGUGGUCCAGGGGGGGCAGGAGACCGGCAGCUUACUCUGUCACCACCCCGAUGUGGCAAAGGUGUCCUUCACCGGGAGUGUGCAAACUGGACAGAAAAUUAUGGAAAUGGCAUCCAAAGGGGUGAAACCGGUGACGUUAGAGCUUGGCGGCAAAUCUCCCCUGCUCAUAUUUGAGGACAGUGACAUGGAGAACGCAGUGCGGGGAGCCCUCAUGGCAAACUUCCUUUCUCAAGGCCAGGUUUGUAGCAACGGCACGCGAGUUUUUGUCCAAAGGCCGAUUCUGGAGGAAUUUGUGGAUCAAGUUGUGAAGAGGACCCAGGCCAUUGAGAUUGGCGACCCGUUAUUAGAGAAUACCAAAAUGGGAGCUUUAGUCAGCCGGCCACAUCUAGACAAAGUGCUCGCCUUUGUGGAUCAGGCGAGGAAGGAGGGAGCCACAGUAUUGUGCGGGGGUGAACCUUUUGUCCCUUCAGACCCAAAACUCAGACAGGGAUACUACAUGACGCCAUGCGUACUCGCCAAUUGCAGAGACGACAUGACCUGUGUCAGAGAGGAAAUCUUUGGUCCCGUCAUGUCCGUGUUGUCCUUCGACACAGAAGAGGAGGCGCUGCGGCGAGCCAACGACACCACCAUGGGAUUAGCAGCGGGACUUUUCACAAGGGAUGUGAAGCGUGCCCACCGUGUGGUUGAACACCUCAAGGCCGGUUCCUGCUUCAUCAACAACUAUAACAUCACUCCUGUGGAGGUUCCAUUUGGAGGCUUCAAAAUGUCAGGCAUAGGGCGGGAGAAUGGCCAGGUGACAAUCGAACAUUACUCGCAACUGAAGACGGUGUUUGUGGAGAUGGGAGAUGUCGACAGUCUCUUCUAGGAAACGCCAACCCACAGCAAAAUGGAAGUAGCCGGAAAGCAAAACGGCGCAUCGGCCUCCUUCAUGCUUUGCUUCAAGCCAGCCAUCUAAAUGUUUUGCACUCCCUGUGAUAUUGACGCGAGGAAACGUCCUCUGAACUAUUGAACGGGCGACAAAUCUUCUCGCAAACAGCGUAAAGUGAAUGAAGUUCGCUGUUUGACAUUAAGAUUUGAUUUUUUUUCUUCCCAAUGUUAAUUUGUUCCCAUAGUUUGCACUGUGCCUUUCUGCAUAUCGGCUUUGAUGAUUUUAAGCACAAGAAAAGCCAAUGUGUAUUGCUGCUUAGAAACGAUUUAUUGAACACUAACUGAAAAGGUCCCACAACAAUUUGCAUUACACCAAAUGUGCACCGCUUCAAGUACACAUGGGCCGCCUGGUGACAAGCGAGUAAAAAGAACGAGGAAAACGGCUUGAAAUGAAAUACUCGCGUGUUCGCUUGCAAUUCAGUCUUGUAAGAAGACAAACGAGGAAUCGGACAUUCGUAACAACUGUGCUGAUGGACCUUCUGCUAAAGGUAACACUUGAAGUUUUCUUCUCAUUCUUGUCUCCUGUUUGGCUGUUGCCUUUCUCUAAAAUGGACAUAGAGUCAAAGAAGGCAUCCUGCCAGCGCUUUGUGCCAGCGUGCUUGGAAUGUGGCAUACCUUGAUUUCGGGAUCUUUGAACGGCGCCGACUCUGUAUGAGUUUGGAGUGAGCGGCUUUUUAUAGAUGUCACUUGUCGAAUGACGGCAGCAGAUCAACUUACCAUCUCCGAAGGGCUUCUCAUCGUCGACGCACACGAUCUCGCCGGGGCCCUGCGAUCAAAGAUGGAUCUCAGUUUAUAAAUAUGUUUUAAAGCGCAGUAUUAAUGCAUUACACGUUGCAUAUUUUUCUCUGAGGCAUACCAAUGACGUGCUACCUCGAUGUUUUCUUUCCCGGAGGCGUCGGUCGGCUUGGUAUCGAUCGGCUUCUUUCUGUCUCCAAGAUUCCCUAGCCGACUUGUGUCAGCGGAAACUCGCACGUGAAAGGCGUGCAAGGCCGUCUGGACGUCGCCCACUUCGAAGUGCACGGCCGUGCCUUCGAACCACAGGCUGUCGCACCUACCCUCCUUGAAGCCGGGCGGCUCGUAGAGUGCCGGUGUGACUUGGGGAGAACAAGAGUACAGGACGUUUGCGGCAGAAACACGUGAUACGCGUUUGGUUCGGCCGUUUGCGACAGCUCACCGUUGUCGUAGUAGUAGAGCUUCAUGCUCAUGUGGAUGUGGUCAGGAAGGACAUUGAGGUUCUGCAUGAGCAGGGAGAGCUGCCUGAUAAGUACCACGGUGGCUCUCUUGGUGUCUUCCAAUGUCACCUUCAAUUUGACACCAUUGGUCCUGUGAUUCCACAAUGCUUAUGUCACAACCAACUCGCUCAAAUUUCAACAAUGCUGGCAAAAACAACAAAAUGUCCUUCCACACCUCAGUAUAUCCAUUUCCGGACCUGUCUCUCUGUACUUGAACUUGAAACUGUAAGACUCAAUGAUGCACUGAAAAACAGAUUUUAUUUUUUCCCAAUUCCAGGCUAUCCUUGACAAGCUUGAAAUAAAUAUUUCAGUACUGA